GACUCGCCGCUUCAACCUCGGCCGGUUGCGGCCUCGCGGCAACUCUCCUGGCCAGUUUCAGGCUCGGCGCUGGACCGUGAAGCUCGCGAUCUCUCGCACGAAUCGACGCGGUGGCGAUCCAUCGUCGAUCGGUACCGAGGAUGUGAAGCUCGGUAACGAUUCUUUGGCUAAGUACGGAAGAAACUACUCGGUUGGUUCCGUCGAGUCACGAGAGAGCGAUUUAGCAUUCGUCAUCCUCGAAUGCUUCCUUAGCGAUACUUCACGGUUGAAAAGAACUCCGAAAUUGAGACACGAGGAAAAGAGGUGGAUGAUCGAAGAAAUCGAAAUUGGCUCGUCAACAAAUCGUUCGAUCGGAAAACUCGACAAUAACGAUUCCCUAGUGAGAGAUUAAUCGCCGAUUGCGAUAAAUGCUCGACGGAAUCGCUUAGACUCGAAAUGUCCAGCGAAUCGCGCUGGAAAUCGCACAAGGAUCGUAAGAAGGAAUUCUCUUGUUGCUCCCUCGGGGCGCGAUAAUUAACGAGCUCGUGCGUUGGAUUUCGAAAGAAGGAGAAGGAGAUUGAGGGGGAAAAAAGAGAAAAAGGAAAAAAAAGAAGAAGAGAAGAACAAGAAAAAGAAAAAGAAAAAGAAGAAGUAGAAAGAGAAGAAGAAAUAAGAUUAAAGAUUAAAGAUGAUCUAUCAGUCGAGUCAUCAAGCACCAACGAUGUCGUCUACGAGAAAGACGUCGCCGAGGUUUCAGCAUCGCAAUCUCCAAUCGUCCUCGAAGUGCGCGAACUCGAAGAGGAGAGGAGGGACUGCGGAGAGAGCCCACGGUGAGGAGAGGUGCAGAGGAAGAUGCAGAGUUCAGUGGAGCGAGAAGCACGUGAAGGAGGGCUUGGUUCUCGUUCAGGAGACUCAACUCGCUAGGGUGGUCAAAACCGGACCGAUCACCGAGCACUAUGAGAUCGAUUCAAAACCUUUUGCGAGCGGGCAGUGGGCAAGGGUAUAUCGCUGCAGAUCUCGAUCUACGGGUACGGUUUAUGCAGCAAAGUAUUCGUCCAGGAACAGAUUCAACGCCGAUUGCAGCGCCGAAUUAAGACACGAGAUCGCCCUGUUGUCUCUCUGCUCACAAUCGCCGCGGGUAGUUCGGUUGCACGACGUAUACGAGACACCGAAGGAGAUCAUUAUGGUCAUGGAAUUUGCCCCAGGUGGCGACCUGCAGACUCUGAUCGACGGUGAUUUGGUGCCCCUCGAAGGUGACGUCGUCCACUUUGUGAGGCAGCUAGUAGAAGGACUUGCCUACCUCCACGAGAGAAAUAUCGCCCAUUUGGACAUCAAGCCACAAAAUCUCGUGAUGAUGGGCACUUUCCCGGAAUGCGACGUGAAACUUUGCGACUUCGAGAUAUCGAGGGUCAUUCUGGAAGGCACAGAAGUUCGUGAGAUUCUUGGGACGCCUGACUAUGUGGCGCCGGAAAUAUUACACUACGAGCCGAUCACGUUGGCCGCCGAUAUGUGGUCUCUCGGUGUUACAACCUACGUGCUGCUAACAGGUUUCUCCCCUUUCGGAGGCGACACCGACCAAGAAACGUUUCAAAAUAUAUCCUUAGGAGAGGUAGAUUUCCCAGAAGAAUUGUUCGAGGAGGUUUCGGCGCAGGCAAAGGACUUCGUUGCUAAACUUUUAGUGCUAGACCCAAGCGCACGAAUGACAGCGAAGCAGUGUCUGCGUCACGAAUGGUUACGCGGUGCUCCGACGCAAGCGUCGCCGCAUUUGAGACGAUACUUGUCGAAAUCUCGUGAGGUCCUUCUGGAACGUGUGGUGAGCCGAGAGAAUCUAAGGAGAGUCGCCCUCUUGAGUCAGACGACGAGCCAAGCGAAUCUUCUAUCGACGGAGGUUCACGAUCAAAAUCUUCAAGAUUGCGUGUUGAGUCACAGCGAGAUUUGCCUGAGCGAUUGUAUGACGGCAAGUCGAUCGAGCCUCGCCGGAAGCGAAGGUUUUCCAAGUCCGGCGAAUUCCCAAGUGAGUCUGAACUCGUCGCGAACGAGUCUGAGUUGCGCCAGCCAGAGUUGCUUGCUGAACAAGGAACAAACGCAGGGUUUGCUCAGUCGAGCUCAAAGCCGAUCUCAAGCUAAUUUGAAUCAUGCCGCUAGCCGGGGCCUUUUGUCCAGAAUACGUAGCCUACAUCGUAUACAAUCUCAAACGUGUCUAUCGAACGGUACUUCGAAGACUACCGCGUCUCCAGUUCAGCAUAUGAUCGCCUCGAUGCAUCCCGUUAGCAGAUCGAGAGAAAAAUUAUAUGGUUUGCGAUCGCUUUCGAAAUCUCAGGGUGUUCUCGACAUAUAUAGAAGUUUGGAGUGUCUCAGACAUAAGAGGAAGCCCUACGAAAGAGCCAAGACCGAGGACGUUGUUCCUAUCAUCAAGCGAAUCGAUGUAGAAAUGUCGAGAAUCAAUGAUAAUCAAGAAACAACCCGUGAGACUCCUUCGAUAAACUUGGAACGGCAAACGAACGGAUCCCUUUUGGAGAAGCCGGUUGUAACCGAGAUCGUAGAUAACUCGAAAGAGGAAAAGCCUCUGGAAAAACAUGCGAUCUUAUCGGAUUCUAUAGGCGCGGAAAAGACAUAUGAUCGUACGGAGAUGUCGAAAGAGUCGGACUCGAGGUCGGAAGAAAAUCUAGAUUCCUUGAAAUCUAUCGAAUCGGACACUCUAACGGAAGAAUCCGAUGAGAUGCCUUUGGAUCGCGAGAGAGAGUCAAACAGUAUGUCCUUGGGAAAACGUCCGUGUCAAAGGCAACACUCGGACGUUUCUAGCCAUUCCAACAAUUCUGGGAUCUCGGAUGACAAAGAAGAUCGUUCGACCGAGUCAGAAACCGAGGAACCCAAAUAUACGGUUGCUCAAUUAGUCUCUGCUUUCAACAAGCAUCAAGAGGUCGCCUCGAAAAGUAGCUUAGAAGCGAUUAUGAGCGAGAAACGAGUCAACGAGGUAACGUUUCCGACCGGCACCAAAGCUCUGCGUCUUUUCAUACCUGAUAUUGAUAUUACAGAAAGUACAAUAGUCAGACGAAAGACGAGUUACAAGCCUAGGAAGAAUUGGGAGGAAUUGAGAAAGAGAAAUGAGAAGAACGAAGGUGUCCUUAAGAAUUUUGAAAACGAAUUCGAUAACGACGACGACGAUAGCCAGCAAGAAAUUACAAGCGAGGUAAAACCUGAGCAAAUUUCGAACGAUAAGACUGAUAAAAGUGUUGAUAUCGUUAAUGAAACGUGCGAUAAGAAACAGGAUAAUUUAGUUUUCGAAGAUUGGCCCACGGAUGUUGACUUUACGGGAAGCAUCGGUAUGGAAAAUAGUAUCGAUACUACAAUCGACGAGAAGUACAAACAAUGCGUCAAAGUUGCUAAUAAAUCGAAAAGCGAAAAGCAAGAGAAGAUCUCUGCGUUUGUUAAAACAACGAGUUCAAUGCGUCAAAAGGAAAGAAUGCCUAAUUACAUUUAUCCGGAAUUAACUGGUCACGCGAAAGAGGAAAUGCUAGAGUCAUCUUGCAACGAUAAAAUAUCUUCGAAUACAAACGUAAAAAUAGAUCAGAAAAAAUUGACAAAAUCGAUGCAAUCGAGUAACGUCAAUGUUCCUAACGUUAACUUGAAGGACAUACUUCAAAGGGUCGACAAUUUUCAAAGUACACCGAAAGAGAACAUGGAAAAUCUUAGAAAAAGAACGUCGAUAGCGAAGAUCAUAGUCAAUGAUAAUUUGACGUCUCAUGAGAACUUAGAUUCUACGGUCAGCGAUGGCAAAGAUAACAGAACGAGUUUUCGUACCGCGAAAAACGAAUUACAAUCUAACAUGUCUCAGAUCGAGGAUAGGGUGAAAUUGAUAGUCCCACCUUCCUUUGUCAGGUCAUCUUCGUUAUCGAGUGACAGUAGUUGUCCGACACCAUCCAGUGUCCAAUCGGAUACGAAUGUAUCUUGGGAAGACGUUAUAACGACACCAGAAUCAAACGUUUCUUUGGAGAAGACAGACAAUUGUAGAAAUCAAAGGAAAAAGGAAUUAGAUUCGAACGAAACAAAGGGCAAACAGAACGCGGAAGACAAGAGACUAUGGGGCAAGGAUUUAAGAUAAUCGUCUUGUAAUCCACAACGAUGAACGAAGGGGAGACAAGAACACUGCCAGUCAACAGAGGAAAGAUCAGAAGGUGAUUACAACGCGCGAUAUGAUUUUUAUUCGAAGCGUAUCGAAGCGCGAACGAAAUCGUUUCAAAUUGUUAUCGAUAAUUAUAGAUUUAUAGAUUUCUCGUCAACGACGUCCUACUCGAUUAUUUCGCGGCAUUACAAAGGCAAUUGAUCGUGAUUUAUCAUCUCGAGCUUAUCCUUGGUAUAAUCUCCAUAUCGAGCAAGCACGAAGAGCUAUUUUUUUUUUGUUUCCUUAGUAAAGCACAUAGGAUCGGCUUCGUUCGCGACGCUUUGUCGGAACUUGGAGGACGUUCCGCGAGAAGAGAUUGGCAGGUAUAUUUUUGCGAGAUUCCGUUUAUGGGAAAAAUUACGAUCGUAUCAAAAUCGUAUAAUCAGGAAAAUCUAUUAAAAUUUCUAUAACGUCGAAUUACGCAGUAUUUCCUCGAUUACAUACGAAAGAUCCUGUUCCUUUUCCACAAGGUAGCAGAAAAUUCAUUGCUCCAGAUUGAAACGGAAUAUAUUCUAGAUACGUAUGUAUAUAGUUAGUUGUCUCAGUAAAGAAUGGAUUAUUGAGAAAACUGUGACUAGGUGAUCAUGGUCAUAAGUCCUUAUUGGAAUAAUUACGAGAUGAUUCAUUCUAAGCAAAUGGAGGGUCGAACGUGCACGUGUUUGGGAAAACGUAAGUGCAAGACCUAUGGAUGUUUUUACAUAAGAAAGUAACUAUGCGAUUGUUACGAAAAUUUCAGACUAGAAGAAUUUCGAAUACGCUUGAUAUAAGGUACAUUGAAAAUUCAUUGUAACCAUAAUUUUUUAAAAAACGAUACGCAUUCACGCGCAAGAAUAUGCUUUUCCAUAAUAUUUGUUUUAUUAAUGCCUUGCUAUAUCUCAGCUAGAAUUUUGAUUUUUAUCUUUUAUAAUCCGAAACAUAAACUUCAAUACCGCAAGAUUCAUUAAAUACAUUUUAGCAAUUAUUAAGUAUUUAUAUCGCAUGAAUAGUGCUAUAAAUGAUUAUCUAAACUUCGUAUGCAAAAUAAAUAUGCUUUUUACCGAACAUGUACGCAUGUAAAUCGAAAAUAUUGAAAUAUCAAAUAAAUCGCAUAUGUUAUAAAAUAAAUUAUUCC